AUGCCACCGUUACCAUCAACAAUAUCAACCGUACCCGGCCAGAGAGACUUGAGUGAUCUGAUUUACUUGUUCAUCAAAACUACUCCUAGGAGUUUGACAUUCUCAUCAGCUUGUGCGGUCGCUAUAGAAGGUCUGAUAUUGGGUAUCAUCCUUGUUCAAACGACUAAAUACCUUUCGGCUUUCUGGCGCACGGACCCACUUUGGUCUGUGAGUGGGAUUGUCCUUGGCGCAGCUACUUUAUUCGCUCAACUCGGUAUGAACCUCUGGCAAACAUACAGACUGAUCGACCGAGCUGCCACUGACUUACUCGCCAUUAUCAUCGGUGACAUACGAUGUAACAUGACGGUAUUGGUCUUUGUCGGCAUACUCAAUUUCGUAGCUGCUGGAUUCUUCGGAAGAAGAGCUUGGCUGUUGUCAAAAAAGAAGAUAUGGUCAGCUUUUCCAUUGGUGAUUGGUAUUUUCUCAAGUUUGGGUUUGAGUUUGGGAGUCGCCAUAAAAGGAUAUAUGCUUCCAUCCCUCGCUACCAACCCUUCAGCAGAGAACUUGAUGGAGUACGAUUCCUGGCGUAAGACCGAUAAUCGAUUGAUAGUGGUUUGGGCUGCUAUCGCAUUGGUACAAGAUAUACUAGUCUGUGCAUUGAUGACGAUCAUGUUGCUCAAGGAGAAGGACGGGUUCCAAAAGACAGAAACCUCUUUGUUAAGAUUAUUGUUGAAAUUGACUUAUGAGACUAUGGCCGGUCCGGUGGUGUUGAACAUUGUCAAUGUCGUUGUCGUAGCUUUACAAGGAGCGACAUUUGCCGGAUAUUCUCGAAUCGUCACUUGGAUCCUUGGACCCGUCUACUUCUCUUCGAUCCUCCAAUCACUCAACUACCGUAAAGAUGUUCAACGUGUCUUACAUGUAACUCCUACUCCUAGAUCCAGAUCUACAUCGAAGGGUACGAAACGAUCGACAUUACAAAGGGUUGAUUCACCUUCCAUGUCGAUCCCCUUAACUCCUACCGGUUUGGGUAGACAUACAAGGGACGAUUCGAACAUCACCGCUGUUGGGAAUGUUAAAAGGAGUUCGGAGACUUCCGCUGCUGCUGCUGAAACCAGGAGGGAGAGGACAGUGAGUGCUGGGGGAGGCAGUACGCUGAGCACGGAUAUCGUCUUGGACGGUGAGAAGAGAUAG